ACGGUAGCUUAAUGUCCUGCGAAAAUAAGUUUUCAUACAAAUGUUUGCAUACUUUUUGCAAAUUUUCAUUUUUCACGAAACCACUUAAAGAUAAUAAUAUCAAUUUAUUGGAAAAGGAAACUUGCACAUUUAAAUCAAGCAAGAAACGUUUCAAACUAUAACGAUUUGUAGAUUGUUCAAAUAUUUAAAUUUGAGCAAAAAAUUACUAAGCAAAAAAAGAUUUAAUCUAUGUACACUCUUUAAUCUUUGCAAAUAAAUUUGUGCAAAAAAAUGUACAAACGUUGUCUCAUAAUUUUGCUCCUGGUUACAAUUUUUGUUCUCCCUUACGCCCAACUUGCGCCGAGUUUUCUGUCCGCGGAAAUUGAGCGAGUACGCGCUGGGAAGGCGUGGAAUGCUAAAAAUCAUUCACCUGUCGCGGCCAAAAGCACGAUGCGCGAAAAACUUGCGAAAAGUUAUGAGGACGAGGACGACGAAGAAAUUGCAAAAGUUCUUCCGGGAUCAGGGGACGAUGACGACUUUGACAGUGAGGAAGAACUCGACGUGACCUGCGCCCCGGGGAAAGGGUGGCACGAAAGAGGGCAGCGCUGCGUCCCGCUCAAAUGCCCGGGCGGCGAUGCUCAGCGGGAUUUUAUUUCGGGAAUUUGCCUCAUCCCGCCAAAAGAGGAGGAUGUCGAGGUGCUCGAGAAGAGGAAGCCGUACUCGCAUUGGAAUCGAUUAAACCACGUGUAUGGGACACAUCCAGCCAGGGAGGUGUGGUCGAAGGGGAUGCUAUCAUUCCUUAGGAGGGGGCACAUCAAGACGUGAUCAUCUUUCCCGAGGAAAUAUAAAAGAUUUUAGUCCGAUAAUGACUUUAGUAUUUUUGUAAUGGUUUUUAUUUUUAGGAUAAAUUGUGUAGUAAAAAUAUGUAGGUAAUAAAUAUGUUUAAAAAAAUCUGUAAAAAAUAUUGAA